AUGGAGAUAUUCAAACUGGAUUUAAUCAGUGAUUCUUAUAAUAAUAUCAAUCAAUCUUACCAUAUAAAUGGUGUUGAUAGUGAUUCUAGUGAUGUAACAAUUGAUGCCUGCCGUCAGUUAGCGGCGACUUUUGUUGAUGAUAUAAUUAAAUUAGCAUCAGAAGAAGCUGUUAACCGAUUAAAUCAAUGUAAUUCAAGAAACAAUGACAAUAAACCUGGUAAAUUAAAGAAUCAGACUCCAUCCAUUCAAAUUGAUUUGAUAGGACCGCGAAGUCCCUCACCGGAAGAAGAGCUAUUUCCCUGGGUCGAAGAAGCGAGAAGAAGAGACCAAACAAUCAGAGAAGAGAAUGAAUCUGAAGAAGAUGAAAAGCAAGAAGAUCAUGAAGAUAAAGAAGAUAAAGAAGAAGAAAACAGUCAAAUAAUCACAAAAGAAGAAGAAGAAAAAAAUGAUAACCCAACAAGAGAACCCGAUGUAAUUAUAAGCAAUGGAAAAGUUGAUAGAAUCAAGAAUCGCGGUGAAUCAACUAAUGGCUUUGGAACCAGCGAUCAACCCGAGAAUCAACAAAUUGAUGAGACUCACAUGGAAGAGAUUCAUGAAUUUGCAUUGGAAUAUGUCAAGGAUAUCAUUUCGAAAGCAACUAUAUUGGCCUCUGAGAGAGAGCCGACUCACAUUUCUUUACGUUCAGAGCUUUCACAUCACCGAAUCUCGAGAGCGACAUCAAUCCCAUGGUUUGAGAGAUUUCGACAGAUUUUCAGACGUUUAAUAGCUCGAGCUUGUCUAUGUAAAACUAAACACGAUUCGAUGCAUUCAUUCAAGGAGAAUCCUAGUUAAUCCCUUUUCUUAGGAAAUCCCAUUAAGCCAAAAAAAUCAACAAUUCCAACAAAAAGUUAUCAACAGAAAAAUGAUUCCAUCUUCAUCCUCAUCAAUGUUCAUCUUUUUCUCUCUCAUUUUCUCGAAACGUUUCAACAAUCAGAACGUUUUUAUUUUCACAUUUCAUCGUAUUAUCUUCAGCUUAUCCUCCAUUUAAUAUUAUAUAUAAGAAACUCUAUCAACAUCACCAAGAGACAACAAUCAUUUCUUCAAGGACCAUAAUCAUCAAUCGACAAAAAGUAUCUCUCUCUCUCUCUCUCUCCUCCUACAAUUUCUCAUCAUCAUCAUAAUCCCAUGAAAUAUGAUUUUCAUGGUGUGUGUCAGAGGGAUAUGGAAGUGAGAAGAUGAUCAACAAGUACAAUAAUCAUCAUGGAACUGGAAAAAAAGUUCUAAUCGAUAAUUUUAUCUAUUGGAUUUUUCUUGGCGAAAUAUUUUUUAUCAUCAUCAUGAUUAUCAUCCAGAAUUCAUCUUCUUUUUUCAUUCAAUUAUCUUAUUCUCGUCUUAAUUGUCGUCUAACGUUUCCAACUUUUUUAUCAUCUCUCUCUCUCUCUCUCUCUCUCUCUCUCUCUCUCUCUCUCUCUCUCUCUGAAUCAGCUGAUCCUCAGGAUAAGCAAAGAAAUGACCAAAAGCCGAUUAAGUUGGUAAUCAACUUGAUCUGAAUAACAAAUCCAGAUAAAGCCAAUCAUUUUACCGUAUUAAUUAUCAAUCAUUAAUAAUCAAUGUAAAUUAUUAUUCAACUGAAUCAGUGAAAGAUAUCAAGUUAAUCAUGUGAGAUCGUCUUCCAUUGAUUUGGAUAAACAAAGACAUCAAGAAAUCAACGUAGGAAAAUUAAGUAAACCAAAAAAUGGAACCAAAACUAAAGAUGGACACUACAUGGUAAUGGUCAUCUCCCUAAUCGAGUAAAUCUAUUAUUGUUAUUAUUAUCAACUAAUUAUCAUCUUAAUCAUCAACAUUGAUCAUUAAUCAUCUUAAAAGCCAAGGUUUUUAUUCAGUGAUCGGUGUUUUUUUAAUUGUGACCAUCCUCCUCCUCCUCUUCCUCCUUGUCCACUGACCAAGACAACCUAACUGACCACUUCCCUUAUCCCUUUGCCUUAAUUAUUGUCAAUUGAAUUGUGAUUGGGAUUGAUAAAAGUGAUGAUAAUGAUGUUAUAUUGAUAAACAAUUAAGCCAAGAUCAUCAUUUAAUUUUAAUCAAUGGACCAUUUUUUUCUCAUCUUAAUCAUCUUCAUAUAUAUUUACAUAUAUUGUUAUAUAUUUGUAGUCAAAACUUUUUUGUUUCGCCAUCAAAAACAAAAACAAUUGGAAUCAUCAACACCCAACUAAUUUACUAAUUGCUACUAAUCAUAAUUUUCCAAUGUCUCCCUCCUUUGCCAUAAUUAUGUGUCAAUCUUUUAAAUAUUAUUAUUAGUUAAAACUAAAUGGAGAAAUUUUUUUAAUCAUCUAAUACGAAUUAACUAACAAGGGAAAAUAAUAAUUGUCCAAAUUGUCAGAUAGUUUGAAACAAUUAACUUAAUCACUAUUGUGGUUGUUUCAUCAUCAACUUCAAUCCGAUGUCAAUAUUACAGCAAUAAUAAUAAUAACUACUAACUAAUAAUUAUAAAGUAAUAAUAAUCUACAAUUAACUAAUCAAUCAAGAAAUUAAUAUUACUGUUAAAGUGAAGGGGAAAAAAAGAUGCAACAAGAAUCAAAUGACAUCGGGUUAAUUGUGCCAAUCAGUGAGUAAUUAAUUGUUAAUUAGCUAUUUCUUACUCACCUUAAUCAACUCUUAGAAUUGAUUAUUUAUAAAAAGGAGAAGAGGAAGAAAAAAUAAUCAACUAAUUGUUUCAAUCUAAUUUUGAUUCUAUCCUAACAUAUAUACACGCCCGAAAUUGAUGAUUACACAAUUGUGAUGAUUUAAUUACAUUGAGAGAUUUUAAUCUUUUAAUUGUAAUUGUAAUACUACAAUUCUGUUAAUUGUUUCACUUUGUUUGACAAUGAGAUAUUAAUUGUAACUCGUUGUAGCAUAUCAACAAUUGAACCAACUAUGAAAAAAGAAAACAAAAUAUUAUAAAUACAAAGACAUGUUACAGUUAAUUAAUUCACUUUUAAUUACAAUUAAAUAUGAUUAUUAUUGUU